AUGAGUGGGAGGCUCUUAUCGGCGAGGCUUCUGCCCGCGGCCCAACGUAUCAGCUCACAGUCUGCCAGACAUUUCCAUCACAAGGCGGUAUCAACCGCUGGCGGUCUUCUCAGAUCAGAAUCCGCCGUUCGUAUUGCAAGAGGAAGGAUAUGGCCAGCUGGACAUACAAGAUUCUCGAAUGCCGUAGUCGUUCGAAAUGCUUCAUUUGUUCGCAUUUUGCCAAACAUAUUAUUAAAGUUUGCAAGAAUACCUGCACUUUUCGCUGGAGUGACUGUUGGUGGUCUAGCAUAUAUUCAAUACCAGGCUACUCAGGCUGGUAAUUACGUUGCAGACAUCUUCAGUCAAACGACGAAUACUGUGUCUGGCGUAGCAGGAGGUUUGUUCGGCAGCGCAAAAGAUAUUGCGAGUCAAACACGACAAGGGUGGGAAAAAACAAAGGAGUCUGUUGAGUUACCAGAGUGGAUGCAAAAAGUAUUACGGAUCCAUGAGGAGAUUGGGGAAAGAAAUGGUGGAGGCGGGGGUGGGGGCCCUGGAGGGGAACCGCCUAAACAAAGCAGAGUAGGAGCUGCAGCUGCAGGAGGAAGUGCUGCCGCCUAUGGAUACGACCAAUAUGCGGAAGAUGACAGGACUCCAGCAGUUGCUGCCCGGGAUGACCAAAUGAUGGUUUUGACUAAGAAAAUGAUUGAAAUCAGAAGCAUAUUGCAAACUGUGGGGCAGUCGAACGCCCUUACUUUGCCCUCAAUCGUUGUUAUCGGUUCACAAUCAUCGGGAAAAAGCUCUGUACUAGAGGCAAUCGUUGGACAUGAAUUCCUGCCCAAGGGUUCGAAUAUGGUUACACGACGGCCCAUAGAGUUGACUCUCGUCAAUACCCCUGAUUCACAAGCGGAAUAUGGAGAGUUUCCUGCCCUUGGUCUGGGAAAGAUUACCGAUUUCUCACACAUCCAGAGGACGUUGACGGAAUUGAACUUGGCUGUUCCUGAUACGGAAUGUGUUUCAGAUGAUCCAAUCCAAUUGACCAUCUCGUCGCCUCAUGUUCCCGACUUGUCCCUCAUCGAUCUCCCGGGAUAUAUCCAAGUUGUUGGUGAAAAUCAGCCUUUGGAAUUGAAGCAAAAAAUCUCCGAUUUGUGCGAUAAGUAUAUUCAGCCUCCUAAUGUCAUUCUUGCAAUUUCUGCUGCAGACGUGGAUCUAGCCAAUUCCACAGCUUUGCGGGCGAGCCGAAGAGUUGACCCACGAGGUGAACGAACAAUCGGUGUUGUUACAAAGAUGGACCUUGUCGAUCCUGCUAGAGGAGCCGCCAUCCUCAAUGACAGGAAAUACCCCUUGAGGCUCGGUUAUGUUGGUGUUGUAUCACGAGCACCACAGCAAUCACAAACUAGAUCAUUGUUCAAAGCAGGAAGCGAAAGCAUCUCGGAAGCUAUCAUAAAAAAUGAACACGCAUUCUUCUCGUCUCAUCCAAUGGAGUAUGGGCCUGACGCCGGAUUAAAUGUUGGCACGACGACCCUCCGUAAGAAACUUAUGCAUGUACUCGAACAAACCAUGGCGGCGAGCCUUCAAACUACUAGUGACGCUAUCCACCAGGACCUUGAAGAGGCUACUUAUGAGUUUAAGGUCCAAUAUAACGACCGCCCUCUGUCUGCAGAAUCUUAUCUCGCCGAAAGUCUUGAUGCAUUUAAACAUUCUUUUAAAGAAUUUGCUGAAACUUUUGGGAGACCACAAGUCCGUGAGAUGCUAAAAGAAGAGCUUGAUCAACGAGUAUUAGAUCUCUUAGCAGCACGUUACUGGAACAGGCCUAUCCAGGAUCUUUCGCCCUCACCUCCAGAACCCAACACACUUGCUGAGCUCCCAACCGCUGACCCUGAUUCCCUCUUCUGGCACCGUAAACUUGAUGCCUCUACUUCCGCCCUUACCAAACUUGGUAUCGGUCGUCUUGCAACUCAAGUAGUGGCCAAUGCGAUCCAAGCCCAUAUUGACCGUCUCAUAUCUCAAUCAACGUUUGCAACCCAUCCAUUCGCUCGUCAAGCUAUCACUGAUGCUGCGGCUGGUAUCUUGAAUGAAAGGUUCUACAGUACAAGUGAUCAAGUUGAAAAUUGUAUCAAACCAUAUAAGUUCGAGAUUGAUGUUGAAGAUAGCGAAUGGUCACGAGGGCGAGAGAACGUCACCUCUGUGUUAAAAAAUGAGCUCAAAGCCUGUGAAGAUGCAUCGAAGAACUUGGAGCAACAUGUUGGUGGAAGAAAGAAGCUGAGAGAUGUCAUGGGCUUUGUGGACAAAGCUAGAAAGGGUGAGAUUAUCGUUGAUGGCGAUGCCAGUGGUGCCGGUGGAUUCAGUUCCGCGUUAUUGCAAAAAGGCCGUGAAGCAGUCUUCCUCCGCGAUCGGGCCACCCUUCUGGCCAUGCGUCUCAAGGCUCUCAAAUCCGGCCAAUGCGCCUCCCUCAAAAACAAAUAUUACUGCCCUGAAGUCUUCCUUGACGUCGUCGCCACUAAACUCACCUCCACGGCCGUUCUCUUCCUAAACGUCGAACUCCUCUCCGAAUUCUUCUAUCAAUUCCCUAGAGAAUUGGACCAGAGACUAGGAAGAGGAUUAACCAAAGAAGAAGUAGAGAGAUUUGCAAGAGAGGAUAAGAAGGUUGAGAGACAUCUAGAGGUUAUUAGGAGAAAGGAGUUAUUGGAGUUAGUAUUAGGAAAGAUGGAGGGACUGAGAGAUUUACGCGAGUUAGAUAAUGGGGAAGCGAGGAGGCCACAGAGAGGAGCGAAGAACGGUAGAGGCAGUCAUGGAAAAGAAGGGGUAAGAGGACCGGGCGGAAAGGAAAAUGGAAGGGGUGGAUGGAGUUUGUUUUAG